CUCUUGACACACGUGAUAGUGUCUGCUGGCAAAUGCCUGCUGUCAUCUGUAAACAGGUAACCAUGUGAUGAUUGAACUGGAUAUAGACUGUGUUUCAUGGAUGGGCUUACGAAACAUUAGUGCGGUUAGAAAGAUGCACCGCAUAAAAUCUCUUCAUAAACUUCCAUUGGCUUUGGACGCCUGUCACAGACUUAAUCGGAAUGUAUGCUGUUUAUGUCAGAUAUCAUCCAGACGACACAUUUCCAAGGAGACGUAUCAAACCUACUUUUCUCCAGAGUCUCCACCUAUUGGGUUUGCACAGGAUGUCCUGGAAGCUGUUCACUCUGUGACAGGAUUACCCUGGUGGGCUAGCAUCCCCCUGACAACAGUAGCAAUAAGAAGCUGUGUGACUUUACCUCUACAGAUAUACUCUUAUUAUAUUCUAGCAAGAGUCGAAAACCUUCGACCAGAAAUAAUGCAGUUGUCUAAGCGAUUGAAGCUGGAAGUAGCUGAUGCUCUGAAGCGAUUUCAGUGGGAGGAAAAGUAUGCCAGGAGAAAAUACAAUGCCACAAUGAAAGGCCUGAUACGAGAUCUGUACAUUCGGGACAACUGUCACCCAUUCAAGGCCUCUGUUGUAAUGGUUGUACAGAUACCCAUGUGGAUAUGUCUGUCAUUUGCCCUCAGAAACAUGAGUGGUUUUGUCCCUUAUGAUGCACCUGCCCCAAUGUCAGAAACAUGUAUGCAGAUGGCAUCUGAAGGGAUUAUGUGGUUUACAGACCUCACAGUUCCUGACACUACCUGGCUGUUACCUCUGGGCUUAGGAAUUAUGAACUUGUUGAUCGUAGAGAUGCACACAUUGAAGAAGGAAAAGGAUACUCGUUUACAGAAAAUUAUCACAAACUUUCUGAGAUGCAUCAGUGUCAUAAUGGUUCCUGUAGCAGCUAGUGUACCAAGUUCUAUGUGCUUAUAUUGGACAAGUUCUAGUUUAUUUGGACUGGCUCAGAAUAUUGCCCUUAAAAUCCCGAGGGUCCGAAGAGCAGUGGGGAUUCCCAAGACACCCAGUGAGAGUGCCACUCCAUUUCAGGAUAUGUGGGAGGUGGCUUGGACCAAGUACACCCGGAGAAAGAAGCAGAUCUGACGUUAGAUAUGACCAGAUGUGUGACAUUGAAAACUUAAACCCCCAUCAUGCGACAGAUGCUUCAGCUACAGUCAUAGGAACAUUACAAACUGUACAAUUUCUAUAUUGUACAUCAUCUCAUUUCUGAUGGACAUUGAGGACCCUGAGGACAGACCGCAUUGUUGGUCAACUGGACUACAUGUACUUACAUAAAUGGAGUCUUUUUUUUUUGAGAGGGCCCUUCGUGGCCGAGGUGGUUAUAACGCGGCUCAGGAACCUCUCACCAAUGCAUUCGCAGGAGUUCAAGUCCAACUCAUGCUGACUUCCUCUCCGGGCAUACUUGGGAAGGUCUGCUUGGUUUCCUCCCACCACAAUGCUAGCCACAGUUGGGUACAGCGUAAAACACUGAUCAAAUACAUAAAUCUCUUCUCAGAGAGGCCUGCAUACUUUUCUCAGUCCUGCAAAUAAGUGGACUGCUGUGAUAGCUUGUGUAGUUGAUAUAUUACAAUCUAUUUCUUGUAGACAGUUUUGUAGUUGUGCUUUAUAUUUAUCAGCAUGUAGGAGUUGGAUGAAAAUAAAUUUUGU